AUGGAGAACUCAUCGGUGGCCUCGGCGUCGUCCGAGGCGGGCAGCACGCGCUCGCAGGAGAUCGAGGAGCUGGAGCGCUUCAUCGACAGCUACGUGCUGGAGUACCAGGUGCAGGGCCUCCUGAGUGACAAGAGUGAGCCCGACGCCGACGGCGACAAGCCCCAGUCCCACGUCUCCCAGUGGACUGAGAACUACAGCGACAAGAUCGAUGGGAGCUGGUCGUCUUCUCGUGGGAGGGGCUCCUCGAAACCGGACGACUGGGAGCACAGCAGUAAUGGCAGUACUGGAUCACGGCCCAGCUCGGGAUCCCGGCCCGGUUCUGCCUCCAGGUCCGGCAGUCGGGGAAGAAACAACCAGUUCCGAGGCCCAGCUAAGAAUGGAAACAGAGAGGGGUCGUUCGACAUCCUGGGAACAGACAUAUGGGCGGCCAACACCCUGGACUCACAUGGCGGGGCCACCUGGGACCUGCAGCCAGAGAAGCUGGACUUCACCCAGUUCCACCGCAAGCCCUUCAGGGGCACACCAAAGCUCCUCCCACACAUCGACCGAGAGGGGAUGAUGAAGGGUCAGUUCGACGAUGACGACGGGAUUGACCUGAAUGACAUGGAGAAGUUCCUGCCGGGCCUGACGGUCUUCCCGCCCUUGUCGAAUGAAGCUGAAAUCGCGCACACCAAAAAGCUCUUCCGCCGGAGGAGGACUGACCGCCGACCCGCUCAUCCCUCCCAGGACCUGUUAACCGUGGUGCUGCCCGCCCAGGGGAAGCGGAAAGUCACCAGGAGACAGCAGCGACUACCCGGGGGGCCCAAGUCCCAGAAUCCUCCGCUGCAGCCGCAACAGCAACAGCAGUCCUCGCAGCAACAGUCACAACCCCAACCCCAGCAGCAGCAACAACAACAACAACAGCAGCAGCAACAACAUCCACCGACCCAGCAGCAGCAGCAGAACUCGGACCACCCGUCCGGCAACGGCAAGUACGGCCGGCAGCUCCAGGGGCAGGGCCCGCUCCCGUCGGGACGGCAGGGCCAGACGCACCACGGCUACAGCCAAAACCGCCGCUGGCACCACGGCCAGAAGCCCCCGGCGGCCCUGGGGCCGCCCCCCCCGGGGCCCGCGGGCGACAGGGCCGCGCCCAGGAACGCCAAAGAGACUGAGAAUGUGAGGGCCGAGGAGCCCGCCGCCGACGCCGACGGGGCCCGCCGCGAGGGCCCCGGCCCCGGCCCCGCGGCGGAGGACAAGCGCCGGGACAGCGUCGCCGAGGGCCCCAAAGUCAGCCUGCUGCAGUCGUCCAAGGAGAGGCUGAGGAGGAGGCUAAAAGAGAAGGACGACGUCCCCGUGGCAGCGCCCGCCCCCCAGAGGCACCGCAUGGACAAGCUGAUGGAGAUCCUCAACAGCAUGCGCAACAACAGCGGCGAGAUGGACGGCCAGCUCGCCACCUUCAUGGAGGAGGCGCAGAACGCCACCAACUCGGAGGAGAUGCUGUCGCGCAUCGUGCACACCGUGUACCAGAAGGCCGUCAGCGACCGCAGCUUCGCCGCCACCGCCGCCCGGCUCUGCGACAAGAUGGCGCUCUUCAUGGUGGAGGGCACCAAGUUCCGCUCGCUGCUGCUCAACAUGCUCCAGAAGGACUUCACGCGCAGAGACGCCCUGCAGCAGUCCGAUGUGGAGCACUGGCUGGGCUUCAUCACCUUCCUGUGCGAGGUCUUCUGCAUCAUGCGGAGCAGCGCUGGGGAGCCCUUCAGGGUGCUGGUGUGCCCCAUCUACACCUGUCUCAGGGAGUUGCUGGAGUCUGCGGAGGUGAAGGAGGAUGCGGUUCUGUGCUGCUCUAUGGAGCUGCAGAGCGCCGGCCGGCUCCUGGAGGAGCAGCUGCCCGAGAUGAUGACGGAGCUCCUGGCGUGCGUGCGGGACAAGAUGCUGUGUCCGUUCGAGUCGCAGCUGACCCGCUCCCUGCUGAUGGAGGUCAUCGAGCUGCACGCCCACCAGUGGAGCCCCCUGGAGGCACUCACCACACAGUACUACAACAGAACCAUCCAGAAGCUCACCGCCUGACCCCCGCCCCCGGAGGGGAGGGCAGGGGGAGAGGGGGGGUCACCACGCUGUACUACGACAGAACCAUCCA